GUUGCAUUGCAUUCUCAUUAUCCAUCCCCUAUCUCUUUUAUAUAUAUAUCCUUCAUUCCUUACCCUGCGAUGCCCCUCCGCUUCAGGGUAUCCCUCCUGACCUUCACAGUCGCCCUCGUCGUCCUCCUCACCUAUUCCUACUUCUAUCUCUCUUCGCACUCGGAGGACGACUCGUAUUUUGAAAUCGUCGAUGGACCAGGAAGCCGGCAUCCAUCAUCGCCGUUGGACAAAUCACAUUCACCUCAUAGAGAUCUAGUGCAGUGGUGGUCCCCUUUGGCCAGUGAAGGACCGUUGGGAGUGUUGAAAUUCUCAGGAGACGGACUUGUCCGCGGAUGGGAUGGUGUUUACAACAAACUAAAAUCAGGCGGUCUGAAAAGAAGCGAAAGAAAGAAGCUCCAGCUCGCAAUGGAGAGACAUCCCAUACUAGAGUUAAUGGAGAGGAAUCAUGAGCGCUGGGAGAAUCUUCUCGCCAGCCAAUCCAAGACACUUCCCCAAGCCGUCACUGAAUACACUCGAAGAUAUGGGCGCCCGCCUCCUAAAGGGUUCGACCAAUGGUGGCAAUUUUGCAAGCGUAACAAGGUCAAAAUUGUUGAUGACUACGACCAAAUCAACCGCGACAUCGAAUUAUACUUUGCUCUCUCACCAGAGCUGUUCAGAAAACGCGUCGAUCUUCUCAAAGAAACUCCUCACACUUCUCAAAUUACCCUCUCUCCUAUUAGGCAAUCCUCUCUCUAUGGUGAACGUGCUCACUCUCUUCGAGCCCGCCUCCUCUUUCAGCUUAUCGAACCGAUUGCCCAAUUUCUUCCUGGAGAUAUAACCUUUUCCCUUUCCGAUCAUGAUCUUGGCUCUUGGCUUCUGGGCGACGACCAAAAGCAGGCCGCGCUCGAUGCGAUCCGCAAUGGAAGGUACUUGACAGAAGAAGAAUUAGAGGUCUAUGAGAAGCGUGAGGGUCGACAAGCUGUCAAAGGUCUUGCAUCUGCUUGUCCUCCCGGUAGUCCCGGCUGGCAGCAUGGUGUGGCCCGACGAGACGGUCUCGAAAUUAAAGAACUUCCUAAAGAGACUACUUUCAUCUACGAUCCAGGCCUCACUUAUGACUACUGUUAUACACCCGAACUUGUCGAUAUUCACGGUGCUCUCUCAUGGGACUCCGCCCGGGAGUCUAUGCUCCGACCUAUUUUCCAACUUUCCAAGUUCGCUCGAAAUCCUGAAUUCCUCACUACUCCUCUUGAGGCGUACGAGAAUUUCACUUCUCCUGCAGCUCAGAAGAAGUACGCGCCUUGGGAUGAGAAGACAAUUGACAAACUCUUCUGGCGAGGCAGCUCCACCGGCGAUUUUUACUCAAAACGACUUAGUAGUCCGACUUGGCGCCAAUCUCAUCGCCCUCGGUUGGCUCUCAAGACCCAAGCUACUGAAGUUGAGGAGGAAGUAUGGGUUCAACGAGGAAAAAUGUGGGAAAAGGAAACAUGGAGUGUCGCGAGAUUGAACAAAGCCUACAUGGAUGUCGGUUUGACUGGUGGGCCGCACCAAUGCAAAAAAGAAGACGGCACGUGUGAUGAGAUGGAGCAGGAAAUCAUUUUUAAGGACCGAGUGGCACCCGAAGACUCUGCGAAGUACAAGUAUGUCUUUGACAUUGACGGUAACGGCUGGUCGUCUCGAUUUCACCGCCUUAUCAUGUCUGGAAGUGUUGUCCUGAAGGCCACUAUCUAUCCCGAGUGGGUCUCCGAGUGGCUUACCCCUUGGGUUCAUUAUAUCCCUUGCAAAGUUGACUACUCUGACUUAUACGACAUUAUGUCCUUCUUUGCCGGUCCUCCCGACGGCCAUGCAGGUGGCCACGACAAUCUCGCCAAGAUGAUUGCCGACCAGGCAAGGCAAUUCGGUGAGGACCAUUGGAGAUGGGAAGAUAUGCAGGCAUACAUGUUUAGACUGCUGCUUGAAUACUCACGGUUACUGGCCGAUGACCGGAACGAAUGGAGCUAUCAGAAGAUCUACACAUAGAUUUGAUACGCAAUUAGAAGGUUGUUGCACAAGACAAGGAAAUACAGGAAUAGUCAUUAUCAACCUCCAUUUAUCAAUAUUUAGAAUUAAAAGCACACGUCCUAAUGAAUAUCGUCUGAACAUUCUAUCAAGAUUGCCAUCUUUUUAUAUUUUUGUCUUCAACCCCAGUCUGCAACUCCGACGUCGGUACUUUUCCGUCAGUUAGUAUAUGGGCUUUUCAUGAUGUAGGGUUUUGAGUAUCCUUCUUUUAGAAAUUGAUAUGCA